AUGAGUUCUCAUAAGUCAGAAGUAAGAAAUGAGGCUUGGUCUGAGCUCUUGAAGGUUGCAAAACCAGAUUCCAGAUUCCAUUAUAAUUUUGCCGAGUUCAUAGCUGAUUUCGAUGGUUCUGACCGGGCAACUGCUAUGUUCUUGGAACACUCAGUUUUCAAAUCUGCUGACCCAAUAUUUAUAACUCCAGAUAAUUGCUUGGAGGAGCUCAGAUAUGAGACUUUGCUUGCUGGAAAGAAGAUUUUGAUGACUACUUAUGGAAUUCGCAGAGGGUUCUGGUUAUUGGAUCCCCAAGAAAUAGACUCGAAGUUUCUCAUGUACGCCUCUACACUUGACGGUAUGGAAAAAUUCGGCAAACAUCUAAGCCUAAGGGAUAUCCAGGAAUCGAAGUUACAAAUCAGCGCAAUGGUGACGGGAACUGGUGCCAUAAAUAUGGAGGGUGUCAGAUUUGGGAAGGGCCAUGGGUAUUUCGACUUGGAAUGGGCCAUGCUAUAUUCGGUGGGCGCCAUUCAAACAACUACAGCGGCAGUGGCUUUUGUCCACGAGUGCCAAUUACUUCACCAAGAUUUGAAGCCAGAGGUAUUCGAUACGGUGUGUGAUUUAGUGAUCACUAAUAAACGUAUCAUUGAGUUAGCACUAGGAAAAGCCCAGAAACCUAAGGUUGGAGUGGUCUGGGACCUAUUAGCUGAUGGAAUGCUAGAAGAUAUCCCUCCACUGCAGGAGUUAAAGCAGAUGAAAAUAACUAUCUGA